AUGCCCCCGCCUGUCGCUGGCGUUGGCGGACGCCGGCUGUCGGCAGGCACAGGAGCCGCGGCGCGCGCUAUGGGCCCCCCGCCCUCGAUUGCCAUGGGCGGCGCGGGGGCGGCCCCGCCACCCCCUGCGCCGGUGCUGCCGGUGCCCGCCUCGCUCUCCGCGUCGGCGCCGGCCGCCGCGCCACCGCUGCCCCCGCCGCAGCUACAGCCGCCGUUCGCGCCGCCGCCUGGCGCGCAGGUGUUGUUUGGCGCCGCGUUUGGCAACGGACCCGGCGGGGGCAUGCCGCCGCCGCCGGCGUUUAUGCAGCUGGCGGUCAUCCAGGCGCUGCAGGCCGGCCACUUGGAGAUCACCGCGGGCGCGCUGGCGAGCCUCCCUCCAGUGAUUAUGCAGCAGGUGCUGCUGGGGCUGCCCAUGCCACUGCAGGGCAUCCUGAUGGUCGCGAUUGCGACGCACUGGCAGCAGCAGAACAGCGGGGCACAAGGCGCCGCAGCACAGCAGCAGCAGCAGCAGCAGCAGCCGGCGCCGCAGCAGGCGCUGCCGCCCCGACCGCACCCACAUCAGGGUGCAGCGCGGCCUGCGACGAGCGGCGCCACAGCCAGCGCAGGGGCGCCCCCGCAGCAGCAGCAACAGCAGCAGCAGCAGCAGCAGCAGCAGCAGCAGCAGCAGCAGCAGCAGCACCCCCACCACCACAUGCUGCCAGGCCUUGCCGGCCUCGGUGGCCCAUUCGUGCCGGGGGGCGUGGGGUUCCCGCCACCAGGCAUGGCGUUCCCAUGGCCACGAGGGCCGCUGCCGCAGGGCAUGGGGCCGUUGGGGCUGCAGCUGCCGCCGAUGCCUCACCAGCAGCCGGGGCACAGCAGCACGACGGCGGAGACAGGCGGUGCGCCCGGCAUGCCGUUGGGGCACCACCCCGCCGCCGUCGCUGCGGGCGCUGCCGCUGCCGCUGCGGUGGCCGCCGCGUGCGGUGUCGCGCCGCCGUCGCUCCUGUUCCUUGGCCCGGCCGCCGCCGCCGCGCAGCAGCGGCAUCAGCAGCAGCAGCAGCAGCAGCAGCAGCAGCAGCAUCCUUACCCCUCGCAGCACCAGCUGCCGCAGCAGCCCCACCCCAACCAGCAACAGCAGCAGCACCAGCACCAGCAGCAGCACCAUGUGCGCGCCCACGCGCCGCCGCGCAGCAGCGGCGGGUUCAGCAACGGCGGCCCCAGCGGGGGGCCAGACAGCAGCCACGACAGGGAGGAGGCGCUCACACGCUACCGGCGGAAGCGCAAGACCCGCCACUUUGAUAACCAGGUCCGCUACGAGCACCGGCAGACGUGCGCGCACCAGCGGCAGCGGAUCAAGGGGCGCUUCGCCAAGGCGGACCGGCCCGCAGUGGCGGGCGAUGCCCCUGCGGCGGCUGCAGCGGAUGCGGAGGGCGCUGAUCAUGAUAUGACAGAUGCCGAGCGGGAGGCGGACGGGCAGGGCAGCGAUCACGAGAUUGAGAUGCUGGAAGCUGCCGCGGCGGCAUCUGCCGCGCUGGCCGCUGCCGCUGCAGCUGCCAAAGCCGUGGCUGCUGUCCACGUCCCUCCAGGCAGCGGGGGCGGGGCUGGCGAUGGCGGAGCGCGGGGAGCGGCCGGCGCGGCGGGGCCAGUGUUAGUUGGCGGCGCUGUGCCGGCCCUGCUGGUUGGGUCGGCACCCCUUGGCAGCGUGGCGGCUGCGAUGGCUGCGGCCGCGACUGCGGGCGCCGGCGGUCUCCACAAGCGGCGGCGCGGUGGCACGCCCUCGCUGGAGCAGAGCCACAGCAGCGGUAGCAAUCCCAGUCCGCACGUCGCCGCGGCUCCAGGCGCGCCUGUCGACGUGCUGUCGAUCAUGGCGCAGGGCGCACCUGCACCACCGCUCCCGGCCGUACCUGGCGCGCGCCCAGGCGGUGGUGUGGCGCGCGAGCAGCCGCAGCCGGGGCAGGGUCCGCCAGCCGCCGCGGAGGAGCGCGGCGCGCCUGGUGCAGCGGCAGACGCUGCGCGCCGGCCGCUGCCAGCAUCCGGGCAAACGUAG